AUGGUACCAAAUAAAACUAUGCGAUACGAUCGAAAGAAUUUGGAUGAUGCAGUGACCGCGGUGCGAACCUGGUUGAUGGGAUAUAAAAAAGCAAGCAAAGUGUUUGGAGUCCCUAAAACAACUAUCAUCGACCACGUUUGCGGCCGAUAUACAAGUGGUUCGAGGCCUGGAAGACCGCCUGUUCUGCCACCAAAGAUUGAAGAAGCUCUGGUAAAAAAGGUCAUAGAAGCUGCCAACAAAGGUUUCGGCAUCAGCAAAAAACAACUGCUACUUAAAGUGUUGCGCCUUUGUACAUCUUUGAAAAUUAAGACCCCUUUUAAAAAUGGUUACCCCGGGGAUGAUUGGUGGCAGGGUUUAAAAAUGCGCCACCCAGAGCUUGUACUUAGAAAGCCCGAGAAGUUGACAACUUCUCGUGCUAGAAUGCUUAACCGCCCUGUCGUUCAAAAAUAUUUUGAUGAACUAAGUAUUGUCAUGAAUACUCUUGACAUUACAAAAAAGCCCCAUCUCAUUUGGAAUUUAGAUGAGACUGGAAAACAGUUCGAGCACACCCCAGUACACAUAUGUUCAGCAAAAGGGAAACGUAAUGUAACGAGCAGGGUUUCAAACUCUAGGGAGAAUAUUACUGUGUUAGCAUGCGUAAAUGCAUGUGGUCAGGCAAUGCCUCCCAUGUGUGUUUGCAAGGGAAAAACGGAAAAAUCACUCCGUCCUUUUGCCACUCUUGACGCUCCAGAGGGGACUUUUUGGGCGUGGAUGUGUGAUGUCAUUGUGGAGGAAUGGUUCCCGGAAGUAUUUCUCAAGCACUGUGGCCCUGAGCGGUCACAGCUCUUGAUCCUUGACUCCCAUAGUUCCCAUGAGGUAAUUGGCUUGCUUGAAAAUGCAGCAGAAGAGAACAUUUCAAUAUUGGCUUUGCCACCCCACCCCACCCCACACCACACAUGCAUUGCAGCCACUUGA